UUUUUUCAUGGGAAAGUCCAUAUAAUGGAGUCAGAGAUCAACAUUAACAAAUCGACAUUGAUGUCUGUAUUACAAAUAACAAGAGCAGGAAUUUCAACAUAUAGUAGUGCUGUCAUCAUGACAAGGGACACUUCCUGUCAGGAUCUGACGGCACCCUAACCGGUCGACCUGCCAGUGUGUAUAUUUGUGUGCGUGUGUAUGUGUCUCUCCUAUCGCCCUGUCUUCCCCUCCGGCUCCGCUGUGAUGCGUUAGGAGGUAACCUAGCAACAGGCUACCUCCGACCCAGAAGUGCUGUCGCCCGGAGCUGCCGCACCUUCAGUCAAUCCACCAGCUGCUGCCAAUCAACUACCAUCUUCAGCAGAAAAAACAAACAAACAAAAAAACAUCUUCAGCAGGGCUACUUAAUGGUGUGGCUGAGCUACAGACAGCGCUGGAGUAUUGCACUAAGCCUGGGAUUGACGGAGGAUUUACGGACACAAAGGAAGCACUUGGAGGAGAGACGGGCACUACCACGCACGGGCUUACACGGAAGGAAGGACGCACUAUCACCAUUGUUGCACAUUUGAACUGUUGUCACCUUGCUGCACUGUAAAUAAACGCACUGUCAUUAUUUCUGAGCUCCGCGCCUGAGUCCACUCUUUAACAACCGUGACACUUCCCUUUUUAUAUCUGAUAUAAACUUGUCUCUCUCUAUUUCUCAACUUGGGGAGAGGAACAGCAGUUCACAAGAUCCCUGUUGGCGUCAAAAGGAGGAAAUUCUUGCCAUGAUCUGACUAUAUAACCACGUCAUUUUUUGAUUCAUUCUCAGGACUGUUUUACAUUAAAUUAUGGUGGAAAAGGAUUUUCAUCAUUCCUGUUUGACAGCAGUGAGGGUGCUGCGAGUUUCUCUUGUGGAUGAACUAGAAGGACAGGUCGACUCUCUGGUAGAAUUCCUAGUGUGCCGGGAAGUGUUCACUCGAGAUGAUCGCGAGGAAGUGUUAUGUCAGCUGGGUCCCCGGAUGAGAGUGAGAAAGGUGCUGGAUAUCCUGGAGUGCAAAGGCGAGGAAGCGGCCAGGAUUUUUCUUAAUGUUAAAAGUCACUAUCAGUACUCCAAAGAAGUGGAUCCACCUCAGUCCAGAGAGUACAGCAAAGCGAAACAAAAACACAAAGAAGUCCUGAGGCGCAGGAGUGAGAGCAUGCUUUUCUACAACACCCGGCACGGAGAGAAAAUUCAGUUUUCCGAACAUUAUGUCAAUCUUCUCUUAGUUGACGGACACCAGGGAUUAGAAAAUAAAAGGCAUGAGGUGCUGACCUUUGGACAGAAGCGACUGUGUCUGCAACAGAAGUCAGCAGUGCAUGAGAAAAUCACACCAGCUGAACUGUUCUCAUGUGCAAAGGCAGUUCGUCCAGUCAGGAAGGUUCUGGUAUCGGGGGUGGCUGGAAUCGGAAAAACUAUCCUGGUGCAAAAGAUGUUGUUUGAUUUUGGGGGAAACAAGGACCACCUUGCCUUUGACUUCAUCAUACACAUGACCUUCAGAGACUUGAAUCUGAUUGACGAGCCCACAAGUUUACGAGAGUUGAUCUUGCGCAAAAACAGGUACCUUGCUAAAGAACUGGAUAACAUCUUGGCAAAUGACAACAAACUGCUGAUCAUCCUGGAUGGCUUUGAUGAGUUCAGACACUACAGGAGCUGCGACGUGGACUCUUUUGUAACUGAACCAGAUGAAGAUGCUGAGGUUAUGGAGGUUAUUGGAAGCUUGAUGCAGGGUGAACUACUACCAAAUGCUUCUGUGUUGCUCACAAGUCGGCCUGCAGCUAUCAGCUACAUCCCUGUGGGCUGCAUUGACCGCUUUGUGCUCAUUGCAGGGUUCUCCUUGGCCGAAGUUCAGGACUUCUUUUUUCGUUACUUCCAGGACAGGACCCUUGCUGACCGCAUGUUCUCAGUGGUAUCUGCAAACGAACUAAUGCUGACACUGUGCUACAUACCUGCAUUUUGCUACAUUGUCUGCUGCAUCCUCAAAGAGAGCAAAGAUCUUUGUGGGGGAAGCCCAAAGACCAUGACGGAUAUUUACGUGCAGUACUUGGUGGCUUUGCUUCGAUCUCACACCCAAGCGAGAGCUGAAACAUGUCUUCAAGACCAAAGAGCGGGGGCCAUCCAGCAGCUGUCUGAUACUGUUUUAAAGCUGGGUCGACUUGCCUUCAAAAACCUACUGGAGCAUCAAACAUUAUUUUAUAGCAGCGACCGAGAGGUGGCAGCGUUAGAAGGGUCCAGCCUCGUUAGUGCUUUCCUCGACAAGACAAUUGCAGAAGAACCUGGGUUCACUGAAGAGGUCUAUUCAUUUGCUCAUCUUACUAUUCAAGAGUUCUUUGCUGCAGUUUACUGUGCGGUGACGGAUCACCCUUUGCCUGACGCACUUGAGCGCACAUCAUGUCCCAGAGAUGUAUCCAACAGUGGACACUUGGACCUUUUCAGCCGCUUCCUCUCUGGAAUCCUCUCUGAGCGCAAUGCCAGUCUUCUAUCUAGGCAGGUGGGGAUUUGCUGCCACAAAGAAAAAGCGAACGCAUAUCGUGAGAAAAUCAUCAGAGAACUGAGAGCUCUCUGUGAAAGUGGAGCCCACAUCCUAAACCAUUUGCAUUGCUUGUUUGAGCAACAGGACCCCUCGUUAGCACUUGAUGUGCAACCAAAGAUGCUAAGAGUUAAUGUUAGCGAUGAAACGCUAUCCCAAAUGGACUACAAUGCUAUCAAGUAUUUCCUAAACCUCACCGGGGGUAAAAUAUCAGAGCUGGAUCUUACUGGGACUGGAAUAAGCUGUGAUACACUAAGAGAUAUUCAACAUCUUUUGGGUAGAUGUGAGAGUCUUUGGCUUGGAGAAAACAACCUGGAUAUGGAAGCAGUACAGGUCAUUGCUGAUGUGUUGAAGGAAUCAGAGAAUAUUGUGUACCUCGGACUUGGGUGGACAAACAUUAGUGACGACGAGCUUCUGGUCCUUGCUUGUGCAAUAGGGGUUAAAAAAAAGCUUCAGGAGUUGUGGAUGGAAGGCAACCGAGUGAGUUACAGAGGUCUGCUGUCAUUAAGCGACUUGAUCCCAGAUCCUCUGAAAAACGUUGUAGCGAUAUGGAACGACCUGACUGACAGAGAGCCAGAGUGCAUGCAGACCAAGGCCAGCAUCACUGUGAAUUUCACAGACGAUGCUUCGUGGGCAGAGUGGCAGAAAUGGGUUUUUAAAAGGUGUGAGGUCAGCAGCAAUGAGAAGUUGCUGAUGGUACUUCACAAAGUGUGCAACAUAUCGACCCACCACUUCGAAGCCCAGUGGACGAAGACCUUCUACAGUCAACUUUCACAGCUCAUCAAGAGCAGAAUUGAGAGCUGUACCGAGGAGGACAUGUGCAAGAAGCUGAAAAAGUUUGACAGCUUUUUGGAGCUAUGAUGAAAAACACUGCCCUUAUGUUACAAGCUGUUAAUAAAUUGUUGGUUUGCAUUGUGAUUGUUUUUUUGAAGACAAUAAUAAUAAUAAUAUAAUAACUGUAAUAAUCAUAAAAAUAAUUUUUAAAAAGCAAUAUACCUCUCCCUCCCCUGCAAACAAGUCUCAAAAUGGAUAAAGGGAAAUCAUAUCAGUUUCAUCAAUCACAGAAGUAAUUUCUUUACUUCUGUUUUCACAGUAGACAAUUAUGACAUCCAGAAGUAUAGGGUCAUAAUGAAUGGUAGUUUACACUUCAUUACAUUCCCCAGAGAUUUUUGGUCCGUGUUGACAUGAUAGCAUCACACGGUUGCUGCAGAUUUGUUGGCUGUACAUCCAUGAUGUACCCAUUCUGCCAAAAGUGCUCUGUUGGAUUGAGAUCUGGUGACUGUGGGUGUCAUUUGAGUACAGUAGACUCAUUGUCAUGUUCAAGAAACCAGUUUGACAAGAUCUGAGAUUUUUGACAUGAGCCAGCUAUGUGAGUGCACUGGAGUCAUAAUUACCAAUGAGCCUCAGUGUGUAUGUCAAGAAAAUAUUCCCUAUGCCAUUAAAACAGUUGCAAGAGCAGGCUAAGGUGCUUGGAAAGAAAAGCGUCUGGACUUCUUUAAGUUGCUUGGAGAAGUUUCACCUCUCAUCCGAGAAGCUUCUUCAGUUCUAAGGUCAAAUGGUGGAGAGUCUCACAUUUAAGCCCUAUGGGAGUGUGCCUCCAAAGAGGAUCAUUGAACCCCCAAUGAUCUCUUACCUAAUCACACAAGCCAAGGAGUGAAAACGGGUGUAGGUCGCAAUCAGCCAAGGAGGAUGAUUAGGGGGUCGAUUCUCCCUCUUGGGGUCCAAACGCUUUUCUUUCCAAGCUCCUUGGACAACAAUGACCUGGAUGACUGAGGACCUUCACAGACAGUUGAAAAGUGGUUUUUGUGGUCCACAUGGAUAGGUGGAAAAAAAAGAAAAUUAGUGACUGGCCCGUACGGGGAUCGAACCCGCGACCUUGGCGUUAUUAGCACCACGCUCUAACCAACUGAGCUAACCGGCCAAGUUGUAAAAGGCGACGAAAAAGUACGUAUAAAAAUGAUAGUCACUAUGUAUUGAAAAUUUGUUUUUAGUGAUAGACGAUUUACUUUCACCUUACGGACUUUGACAGAAAUAAACAGGGCAGCAUACAAAAUAAAACUAAAAAAGUUUCGAAAUUUGAAAAUUUUGUGGUAGUGAAAAUAAAAGAAUAAACAUGUUAAUGUUGAAGAACAGAUAGCAUAACAAGCAUUGCAUCCAUUAUCAAUAUUAUUCUAUUUCUAAAAGCCUUUUUACAAAUUAUUUAUUGACAUUUUAACAUGUGUAUAAAGUGAUUAUUAUUAUCGUUAUUAUGCUAUUAUUUUACUAUCAAAUACAAUGAGUGAUUAGGUAGACUGUGCUGUGUUUUUAUUAUCUUACAUUUAG